CAAAACCGUCGUAACUGCCGGUUACUUUCUACGUUUUAGGGCGGGACUACGUUUUACAAACCGGACCGUGAUUCUUUGCGUUUUCUCUUUCGUGCCGGCGCCGAGCCAUGGGUAUCUCUCGGGACAACUGGCACAAGCGCCGCAAGACCGGGGGCAAGAGGAAGCCCUACCACAAGAAGCGGAAAUAUGAGCUGGGACGCCCUGCCGCCAACACUAAGAUUGGACCCCGCCGCAUACACACCGUCCGCGUGCGCGGCGGCAACAAGAAGUACCGGGCCCUGAGGCUGGACGUGGGCAACUUCUCCUGGGGCUCCGAGUGUUGUACGCGCAAAACGAGGAUUAUUGAUGUUGUCUACAACGCAUCCAACAACGAGCUGGUCCGCACCAAGACCCUAGUGAAGAACUGCAUCGUGCUGGUUGACAGCACACCGUACCGGCAGUGGUACGAGUCCCACUACGCACUGCCCCUGGGCCGCAAGAAGGGGGCCAAGCUGACCCCUGAAGAGGAAGAGAUUUUGAACAAAAAACGAUCAAAGAAAAUUCAGAAGAAAUACGAUGAAAGGAAAAAGAACAAAAUCAGCAGACUUCUCGAGGGGGAGCUCCAACAGGAGAGCUGCUUGCAUGCAUCGCUUCAAGACCAGGCCAGUGCGGCUGAGCAGAUGGCUAUGUGCUUGAGGGGCUCCCCGCGAGCCGGUGGUUCAAAGCUUCCGCACCCCCAAACAGGUAUCUCUCGGGACAACUGGCACAAGCGCCGCAAGACCGGGGGCAAGAGGAAGCCCUACCACAAGAAGCGGAAAUAUGAGCUGGGACGCCCUGCCGCCAACACUAAGAUUGGACCGCGCAUACACACCGUCAGCGUGCGCGGCGGCAACAAGAAGUACCGGGCCCUGAGGCUGGACGUGGGCAACUUCUCCUGGGGCUCCGAGUGUUGUACGCGCAAAACGAGGAUUAUUGAUGUUGUCUACAACGCAUCCAACAACGAGCUGGUCCGCACCAAGACCCUAGUGAAGAACUGCAUCGUGCUGGUUGACAGCACACCGUACCGGCAGUGGUACGAGUCCCACUACGCACUGCCCCUGGGCCGCAAGAAGGGGGCCAAGCUGACCCCUGAAGAGGAAGAGAUUUUGAACAAAAAACGAUCAAAGAAAAUUCAGAAGAAAUACGAUGAGAGGAAAAAGAAUGCCAAAAUCAGCAGUCUUCUCGAGGAGCAGUUCCAGCAGGGCAAGCUGCUUGCAUGCAUCGCUUCAAGACCAGGCCAGUGCGGCCGAGCAGAUGGCUAUGUGCUCGAGGGCAAGGAGCUGGAGUUCUAUCUGAGGAAAAUCAAGGCCCGGAAAGGCAAAUAAGUCCUCUUCCCUCCUAUCUUAGCCCGUGUAAUAAAGGUGUUUAUCCUAG